CUUUGAAAUACAUAUAAAAAUAGCAGGGCAAGCUUUUUUUUUUUUCUUUUUUUCCUUUUUCUCUCUCUUCUGUACCUUUUUUUUAUUUUUUAUUUUAUUAUUUAUUAAAAAUGCCUUCCUCGUUUUCAAAUAUAAUUUCAAGGUCAAAGUCAGUGUUCAGUAAAUUUGGAGGAAAGAAAGCAACUGAAGACAUGGGAGGAUUGGGAGCGAGUUGUUUUAAACGAGGCAAUCAGUAUUUAUUUGGCAGACAAGGACACCCCAUUGCAGAGAAAUUAGCCAUUGUCCAGUUUCAGAAAUCCGCUAGUUUAGGCUACCACGCGGCUGAAGCUGUGUUGGGUUUCUGUUAUGAAUUUGGGAUGGGUGUCGAAACAGACUUCGUGCGUUCUGAAGAAUAUUAUUUACAGGCAGCCAAGCAUGGCGAAGGGUUAGCCAUGGCCCGUCUUGCCUUUCUUCGUAAAUACGGUCGACCCAACGUCAAAAUUGAUCGAGCAGAAGCAGAAGAGUGGACAGAGCGAAUCAAACACCAACCUGCUGCUAUUCAAUGGAUUAUGGAUGCUGCCUCUCUCGAUCAUCAUGCAGCUGCACAAUAUGCUUUAGGUGUAUGUUAUCAUGAUGGCAUCUCUGUCGAGAAGGACGAGAUGGCUGCCUUUCGUUGGUAUAAAGCAAGUGCAGAUCAAGGCAAUCCACGAGGUCAAGGCAUUCUUGGUUAUUGUUAUGGUGAAGGCUUUGGUGUCACCAAGGAUGAGAUUGAAGCCAUGCGCUGGUAUCGAUUGGCUGCUAAACAGGGUGAGACUGUAGCUAUUUACAAUAUUGGUUAUUGUUAUGAAGAUGGCAUUGGUGUCGAAAAGAAUCCAACAGAGGCAGUGAAAUGGUAUGCUUUAUCUGCAGAACAAGGUAAUGCAUUUGCCCAAAAUAGUCUUGGCUAUUGUUACGAAGAUGGUAUUGGUAUCACCCAAGAUUUCAUGAAGGCUACUUACUGGUACAAGCUAUCCGCCGAGCAAGGUUACCCUUGGGCAGAAUGUAAUUUGGGUUACUGUUAUCAAAAUGGCAUCGGUAUGCCCAAGGACGAUACGUUGGGUGCCUUUUAUUAUCGUAAAGCUGCUUUACAAGGUCAUGCGCGAGCCCAGCAUAAUUUGGGUUUCUGUUGUCAAAACGGGAUCGGUGUGACCAAGGAUGAAAAGGAAGCCGUCAAAUGGUACAAGCGGUCUGCCGAAAGAGGGAAUAUUUUCGCCUAUCACAGCCUGGGAUACUGUUAUCAAAACGGGAUUGGUGUAGAAGUGAAUGAACAGGAAGCCGUCUUUUGGUAUUUCUUGAGUGCAGAGGAAAAUCAUGCACCUGGUCAAUUAUCGCUGGGUUAUUGUUAUCGUAACGGCAUCGGUGUACCCAAGAAUGAAAAGGAGGCCGUCAAAUGGUUCAAACGUAGUGCUGAACAUGGUAAUGCACUUGCUCAAAAUAGUCUCGGUUUCUGCUUUGAAGAAGGUAUCGGUCUCGACAAGGAUACAACACGUGCUGUUUAUUGGUACCACAAGUCUGCAAAGCAAAACAACCCUUGGGCACAGUGCAACCUGGGCUUUUGCUAUGCCAACGGGAUCGGCGUAGAAAAGGAUAAUGUAAAGGCCGUUUUAUGGUAUCGACGAGCUGCAGCACAGAACCAUGCACGUGCAUUAGAUAAAUUGGCGUUACAUACACAGGAAGGAUUGGGAGUGGAAAAGGAUCCCGUGGCUGCUUUCGAGCUAUUCAAACAAGCGGCCGAAAGCGAUCAUUUGUCUGCUCAAUUUCACUUGGCUAAUUGCUUUGAAAAGGGUCUGGGUUGUCCAUUGGAUCUCACCUUAGCCACACGCUGGUUUGAACGGGCUGCCUUAGCUGGGUGUCGUAACUCACAUGAAAGACUUCGUUUGCUAAUUGUGCGUGAGUGUUUACUUUCUCCUGGCAUCUCCACUGAAGAAGAUUUAAUCUACGGUGGAUUAAUUAUUGGUCACAGUGCGCCGGCUGCAUAAUUUACAUACAUUUUCAUUUCUCUCUUUCUCUUCCUUUUAAUGAUACCACAUGCUCUCCCUUUUCUUUUUUAAUAUUACAUAGUUCGUCUCUCUCUCUCUCCUCUGUCACACACACACACACACACACACACACACACACAUACA